AUGCCUGCAGGCUAUUCCAACUCUCCCACUUUGGUCCCGCUCUAUGACGAGUCCAUGUCUCAUCAAAUUCAAUCCGACAAGAGCCCCUGGCGACCGACUACAUUACCUAGCCAGUCGCUCACCAUUAUCGACAAGUCAAGACCUCUCCGCAUCUCUGUAUUUGGCAAGCCAGGUAUUGGAAAGGCGGCUUGGAUUCGGCGAGCGCUUGAACUGGCCCCAUUUCCAGAACAGUAUCUGCCUAUAGUACAUCACAGCCACGUAUGUAACUCAAACUGCGAUAGGCAUGACGGUUGUUUCGAGAUUGCGGACGCGGGUGACUUAGCGACCACUGUCCCCACAACACUCCAACGAUGGGCACAAGAAACGGAGGGGCAUAUCUUACCGUUCACACCUAUGUGCCGCGAAUCAUUGCAAAUAUUUCAUCAAUUAGUAGCCAUGAAGAUCCUUCACGGACCGGUAAUGAUGAUAGAACUAGAAGAGACAACCGAGGACACGUGGCAUGUCAGCGUUGAAGCUUUCAAGAUGGCUAAGACUAAAGGUUGGAUAUUUUUGAGUGCUAAAGACUACCCAAAACCCACAGAGCAGUUGCAGCGAAUAGCCGAGGUGAUCAUGUCCAAGAAGAGGUCCUAG